AUGAGCGACUAUAAGUUUGAGGGAUGGCUUGGCCACGACGCUUCAAGCGCUGAAGGCAAGAUGGUCUGGGGCGAAUUCGAGCCCAAGAAGUGGACUGAGGAAGACGUUGACAUUCAAGUCUCCCACUGCGGCAUCUGCGGUUCUGACUUGCACACUUUGAAGUCUGGCUGGUUCCCCACUCCCUACCCGUGCUGCGUUGGCCACGAAAUCGUCGGCAAAGCUGUCCGCGUAGGCCAGAACGUCAAGAACAUCAAGGUCGGUGACCGCGUCGGCGUUGGCGCUCAGGCACGAAGCUGCCUACAGGACGACUGCCUUCAGUGCUCCAAUGGCCAAGAAAACUACUGCAACCGCGGGAUGGUCAGCACGUAUGGCUCUGUGUACCCUGGUGACGAGGGCAAGUCCUACGGUGGUUAUGCGGACUACAACCGUACCAACGGGCGUUUCGUCGUCAAGAUCCCAGACGGUCUGUCCUCCGAGUCCGCGGCACCCAUGCUGUGCGGCGGUAUCACCGUAUUCGCACCCCUGCGGAAGAACGGCUGCGGGCCUGGCAAGACGGUGGGCAUUGUUGGCGUGGGCGGCCUCGGCCACUACGGAAUUCUGUUCGCCAAGGCGCUGGGUGCCGACAAGGUCGUUGGAAUUUCGAGAAAGGCGUCGAAGAAGGGCGAUGUGCUGAGCCUUGGCGCCGAUGCCUAUAUCGCGACGGAUGACGACAAGGACUGGGCCACGGAGAAUGGCCGCACCCUGGACCUGAUCGUCUCGACCGUCUCGAGCCCGAAAAUGCCCUUGACGGAAUAUCUCGGCCUCCUCAAAGUCGGCGGUACCCUCAUCCAGGUUGGCGCACCCGACGGCGGAGAGCUCCCUCCCAUCAACGCCUUCACACUGCUGGCCAACGAGUACAAGAUUGGCGGCAGCGGUAUCGGUUCACCAUCUGAUAUUGCGGAGAUGCUCCAGCUCGCGGCCGACAAGAAGAUCGAGUCGUGGGUCGAGACGAGGCCGCUCAAGGAAGCCAACCAGGCCAUCCUCGACAUGGAGGCUGGUAAGGCCCGGUUCAGAUACGUGCUAGUCAACGAGAAGCACGCCUAA